AUGGCCAGCCAAGGAGAUUUGUCGAUACCAGCCAACAUCGAAAACCACAUAUUAUACGCCAGUUUAAACAGCUCUAUGCUUGGAAACCUCCUGAUUGGUAUUUUCCCGAAUUCGAAAGCGGUAUUGAGCAUCAUGAUUAAUAUAACGAACUCUGCAGGGAUAUAUACAGUCACCUAUGGUGGCACUGUGUACCUUCUCUUCUUCAAGAGCACAUCUACGGUCUCUCGGCAGGUGGUUUUAGCUGCAAUAUCACUCCUUUAUCUUCUCUCUAUUACCGAUGCUAUUUUGCAAUGGUACUUCCUCAAUGUAUCAUUCAUCGUUCAUGGAGACUCGAGGGAUUCAAUCUUUUGGGAGUCUCUUAGUGCACCGCUGUGGUUAUCCACCGUUAACAGCGCACUGUUAAGCGCAUCGUUUAUCGUCUCAGAUGGACUCCUCAUUUGGAGAUGUUAUCAUGUCUGGGGAAGGCGCUUAAAAGUCAUCGCAUUUCCCAUAAUCCUUUACGGAGCAGAAAUUGCUCUAUCAGUCGCAGAUUUAGUCCUCCAAGCAACCAUUCCUUUGAUUAGCAGCCCAGAGGAGGCAAGCAUAGAGAAUAAAGUUGCGACUGCCCAGCAAUUCACAUCACUCGGUACCACGGCCACAACCACAUUCCUCAUCGGAUGGAUGUUUUUCUCUGCGUUCAAAAACGGAGCCCUGCAUUCGGAAUCGCAAUACACUCGGAUUCUAGUGAUCAUUGUGGAGUCCUCUGCGAUAUACUCUGUGAUUCUGACAUUAUCUGCUGUGGCUGGUGUGAUACCGCAGACCUACACCAUAGAGUCUCCGCUAUCCCAGUGGGACUACUAUGUAACAACUUUACUGAUGAAUGUAUCAGGUCUCGCUCCGACUGUCAUGGUCGCAAGACUUGCUCUUAGGAGUUCCAAGAAUGCAAAUGCUUCUGAUACACGUUCCGAUGACGAUAUGCGUUUUCGGAAUGCUCAAAGUCUAACUGACACAGAGAAAGGGCUCAGAGGGGUCAUUACAUUGGACAUUGUUUAA